AUGCCUUCAGCAUCGUUAACUGCUCUGGUUGUCGCCAUCGGAUCUUGGGGUCUAGCUCGUGCGGACUGCAUUGUGGUGUCAGAUUGGACGAGUGGUCCCCAGUGCGUCACAGGCAAUGGCGGAGAUGUUACCUCUGACAUCGUCUCGGCCCUCGCCACGUGCAUGAUAAACAACCCGCCUGGCAACGUCACUAUCUCAGGAAACGGAGCAGUGCCGGACUUUGGGUCUGGUUUAAAGAUCAAUUGGUACCAAGACAACUUCGAGUUGUACAUGAUCAACACCCAGGAAGACGAUGUCUGCGUCGAUACUGCCAACGUUGCAACAAUCGUCAUUCGGAACUUUCAGGAUGGCUGUCAGAAUACCAACUGGUCUACCGGUGGAGAAUGGGAUGUCAAGCUGGGGGUUGCUCAGUGUGAUGCGGUUUACGGGUGCACUGACGCUGUCUACGCACCAACCGAUUGCUCAUCGUAA